GAGGGCAGCAGCGACGAUCACUUCUCUUGUGGUUUCCUGUAAUGCAACAGCUUUGCAUCUCGACUUCCUUUCCAACGAAACUCUCCUCUUGUUAUUGUACAUGUAAACAGGAGCCAGAGGUGCUGAAAAACAUCCCUUCGAGAAACGGAUAACGGAAUGAGUAAAGCAUCCCAACGAUGGACGAAGCACAUCUACCUCCGGGACCAUCCAAUGACCAUACAGGAGAAACGCAGAUUGAGGGAGGAGAUGCAAUUUAGGAAUUUAAAUAAAACGUUUUUGGGACCAUGGCAGAAUUGUGGACAGUGCUCAUACGUCCACCCAACAUUGGAGCAAUUACAGCAAAUCCUGAGAGCCUGCAAACUGUGGGAGAGGACACUGAUUUCCAUCAGGGCGAGGUUCGGUUCUGGUAUCUCCUCUUAUUUCUCCUUCCUUCGCUUCCUGAUACUCCUGAAUCUUGUUUCACUUGUUUUCACCUUCGGAUUACUUGUUGUCCCAACCAUCGUCUUCACCAAAGAAGCAGCUGGUCAGACACCACCAGAUGCUCAGUGUAUAAACUUUCGGCAUCAAAAUAGCACUAAGGGUGUGUUCAUAGAUCUUUUUACUGGAGAGGGUUUUUUGAAGAACUCCUUAUUUUUUUACGGCUAUUAUUCUGAAGAAACCACCGAUUUGUCUUUGUUCGAUAUCCGCCUGGCGUAUCUGCUGAUCCCCCUCGUCUAUUUGCUACUCUGUGGAUUAUACCUUUUGCGGUGCACUGUACAAGGCAUUACCACUCGCCGGGUGAGGAGCAGAGAUUACAAAACACCAAUCAGCACCAAAGUUUUUUCGAGUUGGGACUUCUGUGCACAAGGACUGAGGAUGUCUUCCCUAAAACAGCAGAGUCUGAGCUAUGAGAUCAAGUCUCAUCUGGCGGAGGAGCUCUGGCUGUUGGACUUUGAAAGACAGGCUGUUGGUAGAAGGGCAUGUGUUAUUUCCACACGCGUGCUGAUUAACUGUGUAAUCCUGGCAUUGCUGGGCGGUGCGUUCUAUUCUGUACAUCUUGCAACUGGGGUAUCAUCCCCGGACUAUCACAAGAUAGAAGUGCCUCCUAUCCUGGGUUUACUGAGACACUACCUCGUCCCUUUCGUGAUCUCUUUGGUACAUCUUAUCCUCCCACCCAUCUUCACGUUAUUGGUAAGAUUCGAGGGUCACUCACCCAGCGCAGAGAUUACCGUGACCCUGAUUAGGUAUGUCUUCCUGAAGCUGGGGACCUUGGGGAUUUUGUUUUUUUCUCUGGGACAGAAGAUUCUGUGUUUGGGGAGCGCAGAGCCCUCCUGUGGAACGUGCGGCUACAACACAGAUUUUGAGUGCUGGGAGACAUCGGUGGGACAGGAGUUUUACAAACUGAGCCUCUUUAACUUCCUGUACUUCAUGAUGGAUUUCUUGGUUUUACAAGUUCCACGCAGUUUCCUGGUAUCACGGGUCAAACUGAGUGUGAUUGUUUGGCUUGGCAAGGAGAAAUUCCAUCUGCCCCAGAAUGUCCUGGAUACCGUGUAUGGACAAACAUUGGUGUGGGGUGGUCUGUUGUAUGCCCCCCUUCUUCCACUGCUGAACAUCAUCUUUCUCAUCAUCACUUUCUACGUUAAAAAGUUCUCUCUUUACCGGCUCUGCGCUGCGUCCCAGAAGUUAUUCCGUGUGUCCUCCUCCAGGAUCCUCUUUUACUUCGUCCUGCUGCUCGGACUGAUAACAACUUAUUGUCCCUUGAUUUAUAUGGUGACCAGUGUCCGUCCAUCUCGAACCUGCGGCCUGUUUACAAAUCACAGCACACAGUGGGAGUCCGUCCAGCACAGUAUGUGGUCAUCGCUGUCUCCAGGGACCAGUACAAUCCUAAAUUACAUCACAUCAACCUAUUUUCCUUUUACUCUUCUUAUGGUCUUCAGCAUUACGCUCACGUCGUACUUCUCCAAUGUCCGUCAGUAUGAACAGAUGAUUGAUAAACUGAAGGAUCAUUUGUCCUAUCAAAUUCUAGACAAACAGUUUCUGGUAAGAAGACUAAAGGAAGAGGACAAUUUGAAAGUGACGGAGCAGCAAUCUGAUGGCUCCUGA